GGAGAAACUGGACGUUCGUUGCCCAUGGCUGCUCCCUUUUCCCUAUGAAAUCCUGCCGAAACCUCACAUUGUCUCUUGGCAUCAGCUAGCUGCACUCUUCGCAAACAAGCUCGCUUGUUACAACAGUCGCCAUCCGUUGUCAGUGGCUCAUCACUGCUACGUUGCCGCUCUACGUCUCUCUCAAAAGAUUUGCUUUCUCGCUGCAGUUUCCAUACAGUUUGCAGCCUUCAACUGUAUCUGGCUAGCCCUUGAUAUCUUGGCUGGGAGGGCUCUAGAAAUGGAUCCGCCACCGGCGCCGUUCCCCUCCUCGUCCUCGCCCCCGUCGACGCCGCCCUCGAACGCGAGUAUCACCAUGGUGAUCAUCACCGUCGUCGGCAUCAUCGCGGCGUUCGCGCUUCUCGCGAGCUACUACGCGUUCGUGACCAAGUGCCAGCUGCUCCGCGCGCUCUGGUCGCGCCACCCGCCGUGGCACCGACGCGUGCGGGGCGCCGGCGGCCGGGAGCCGUCCGUCAUCCGCGCAGUGGCGACCGAGGACCGGGGGCUCGGACUGACGCUCAUCCGCAUGCUCCCGGUCGUCAAGUUCACGGCGGCGGCCUGCGACGUCGACAACGGCAUGGCCGGGAGGAUAUCCGUGUCAGAGUGUGCCGUGUGCCUGAGCGAGUUCGUGGAGCGGGAGCGCGUCCGGCUGCUGCCCAACUGCUCCCACGCCUUCCACAUCGACUGCAUCGACACGUGGCUGCAGGGCAGCGCCCGGUGCCCCUUCUGCCGGAGCGACGUCAGGCUGGCGGCUACGCGGUUGCCGGCGGGCUGCACCUCGGCGACGACGGUCCCCGGCCACCGCCGAGACAACGAGCUGGCCAGCGACAGCAUUGUGAUAGAGGUGAGAGGGGAGCACGAGAGCUGGGUCAGCCACGGCAGUGCCACGCCGGCCGGCAGAAGGCUCCGACAGAAGCACAAGGCGGAGAGCGUAGGUGACGAGGUCAUCGACACGAGGAAGAAAAACGAGGAGUUCGCGGUGCAGCCCUUGCGGCGGUCCCUCUCCCUGGACUCCUCCUGCGACAAGCACCUCUACGUGUCCGUCCAGGAGUUCCUCACCACGCAAAGGCAAGUGUGCCAUUGACCAUCGACGCCAUAGCUGUGCAGAUUACCCUGGCUAGAUAGUGGCGAUCGAUUCUUUUGUAGGCCUUAGUGACUGGAAAAAAAGUAACGCUUUUAUGGCUAGCUCUUUGUGCCCGGCACGACAUUCUGGCAUCCUGAUGCGUUCCAUGGUUGCAAGUCUCUUUCAAUCUCCUUUUUUUUUUUUUCUUUUGGAGACAGAUUGGAGGUCUCUUUCUGAUCGAUCAUCCUCGCAGCUACGACCUACGAUUGGCUGUAGCGGAUCGAGCGCAUGCAUUUCUA